AAAAUGGUUCUGAGUCUGUGCCGCCCAGCCCCUGGCAGGACCUCGGAGGUGGCCGUGCCGCCGCCGCCGCCGCCGCCGCCGCGCGGGGCGGCGGCUUAGAUAGCCGAGCCUGAUGGGCGCCGAGGGCGGCCGGCUGCCUGAAGCGCCGCUUCCGAGGGACUGCGGGAAGGAGCGCGCCCGACUAACGGUGGGGACGGCCCGGAAACAUGGCGGCUUACAUCGGAGAGAAGAUAGAGGAUUUCAGAGUUGGAAACCUCCUUGGAAAGGGGUCUUUUGCUGGUGUCUACAGAGCGGAGUCCAUUCACACAGGUCUAGAAGUGGCGAUCAAAAUGAUUGAUAAAAAGGCUAUGCACAAAGCUGGAAUGGUCCAGAGAGUCCAGAAUGAAGUGAAGAUACAUUGUCAACUGAAACAUCCUUCUAUUCUGGAGCUUUAUAACUAUUUUGAAGAUAGCAAUUACGUGUAUCUGGUAUUAGAAAUAUGUCACAAUGGAGAAAUGAAUAGAUAUCUGAAAAAUAAAAUGAAACCUUUCUCCGAAAGCGAAGCUCGACAAUUCAUGCACCAGAUCACCACAGGAAUGUUGUAUCUUCAUUCUCAUGGUAUAUUACAUCGGGACCUCACACUUUCCAAUCUCUUACUGACACGUAAUAUGAAUAUCAAGAUUGCUGAUUUUGGUCUAGCAACUCAAUUGAAAAUGCCUAAUGAAAAACACUAUACAUUAUGUGGAACUCCUAAUUAUAUUUCACCAGAAGUUGCCACAAGAAGUGCACAUGGACUUGAAUCUGAUGUUUGGUCCCUAGGGUGUAUGUUCUAUACAUUACUUAUUGGUAGACCACCUUUUGACACCGACACAGUCAAAAACACAUUAAAUAAAGUGGUAUUGGCAGAUUAUGAAAUGCCAACCUUUUUGUCACUAGAGGCCAAGGACCUUAUUCAUCAGUUACUUCGUAGAAAUCCAGCAGAGCGUUUAAGUCUGUCAUCAGUGUUGGAUCAUCCUUUUAUGUGUCGAAGUUCUUCAGUGAGAAUUAAAGAUUUGGGAACUGUGGAAGAUUCCAUAGAUAGUGGACAUGCUACCAUUUCUACAGCACUUACCGGUUCUUCCAGUGCCAGUAUAAGUGGUUGUUUGCCAGACAAGAAAAGACUGUUGUUUGGACAGCCACUUCCAAAUAAAAUGACUAUAUUUCCAAAGACUAAGAAUGUGAGUAAUUUUUCAUCUGGUGAUGGAAGUAGUUUUUAUCCUCAAUGGGGAGUUCAGGGACAAGAGACCAAUCAUAGUGGCCGAGGAAGACUGCUACAAGAUGCUGAAGAAAGGCCACAUUCUCGAUACCUACGCAGAGCCCAUUCUUCUGAUCGAUCGGGUAUUUCUAGUGGUCAUUCUCAAGCCAAACCACCUGCUGUGGAACGCUGUCACUCAGCAGAUAUCCUCUCAAAGCCCAACAGAAGAGGGUGGCCUGAAAAUGAGAGGUUUUCACCUACAGACAGCAAUGCCAAUAUGUUUCAAGUAUUUAAAGAAAAUACUUCAAAUAUUACUGGUUCUUUUGAAAGACCUGAUAAAGAUCAAGCACAUCUUCUCCAUCCAGGAAAAUCUACUUUUCCACUUUCAGAGCAGACAUCUCAUUCUGAAACAGUUCAGCAAUGGUUUGGAAACUUGCAAGCAAAUGCCCAAUUAAAAGAGCCCACUGCUCACAUCAACAUUACCUCAGGCAGAAAUGUCCAGGAUCAUCCAGAUUUGCAGGACACAAGGAGAAAUGCAUGGACUGACAAGAUGACUAACAGGGACACAGAUGCUUCUGACAGUGCCUGUUGUGUCAAACAGCCAAAUGCCAUGAAAUGUAUUCCUGCAUAUCGCCAUGAACCUGAAACCAUCCAGCCUGCAACUGUAUUUGGCUCACAUCCCCUUUCUGACCCAAGCAGGUCAAGGGGCAGGGAGCCCCAGAUAGGCCACCAGAAGUGUACGUUGAGAAGCAUGACCUCUCCUUUGAAUGCCCAUCGGCUAAAGCCCAUCCGGCAAAAAACAAAAAAAGCAGUGGUGAGUAUACUUGAUACAGAAGAAGUAUGUGUGGAGCUGCUAAAGGAAUUUGCCUCCCAAGAGUAUGUGAAAGAAGUUCUUCAAGUUUCCAGUGAUGGAAAUUCGAUCACAAUUUAUUAUCCAAAUGAUGGAAAAGGUUUCCCCCUUGAUAAUAGACCAUUCCCUCCUCCCAAAGACAUGAUUAGGUAUAACUUUGAUUCUUUACCAGAAAAAUACUGGAGAAAGUAUCAGUAUGCUUCCAGAUUUGUACAACUCGUAAGAUCUAAAACACCUAAAAUCACUUUUUUUUCAAAAUAUGCUAAAUGCAUUUUGAUGGAGAAUUCCCCUCAUGCUGAUUUUGAAGUUUGGUUUUAUGAUGGAGCAAAAAUACACAAAACAGAAGACUUAAUUAAUGUGAUUGAAAAAUCUGGGAAAUCAUAUACUUUAAAAGGAGAAGCUGAAAUUGAGAGCUUGAAAGAAGAAAUAAAAAUAUAUGUAGAUCAUGCUAAUGAGGGACAUCGACUUUGCCUUGCACUGGAGUCUGUUAUUUCAGUAGAAGAAACAAAAAGUGGAAGUGUUCCCUUCUUUCCUAUAAUUAUUGGAAGAAAGCCAGGCAAUCCUAGUUCCCCACAGCCUAUGACCCCUCCAAGUUGCGUGGAUUCAAAUUCUUCAGUGAAAGAUUCAGCAUUAUUAAAUAGGAUGAUGGUGAGCAGCUCGGCAUCUUCAAACCAGGCACCUAAUAUUAGUCCUUCAAUUGUCCCAUGUGAAGGAUCUGGAUUAACAGCAGCUGUGCAUGAAACAGAAGGGUCUUCUACUAGCCCAAAAGAUUAUCUUCCAAAAUCAGCCCAACUGCUGAAGUCUGUUUUUGUGAAAAAUGUUGGUUGGGCUACACAGUUAACCAGUGGCGCUGUGUGGGUUCAAUUUAAUGAUGGAUCCCAGUUGGUGGUCCAGGCUGGAGUGCACUCCAUCAGUUACACAUCACCAAAUGGCCAGACAACUAGGUAUGGGGAAAAUGAAAAAUUACCAGAAUUCAUCAAAGAGAAAUUACAGUGUCUGUCUUCCAUCCUGUUGAUGUUUGCUAAUCCAGCUUCUGGUUCCCACUGAUUUAAAAGAGUUCUUUUGGAUGAUAUAUAUUAAAUAAAUGAGUUUUUGUUGGCUUGAAAGGAAGUGCUUUUAUUAAUGUUAGUACAGCUGCUCCAGAAGACCUUUCCAGAAGAGGAUUUUAAUAUGACUGCAAUACAUGUAUUUUUAACAAGGCUGCACAGUCAGAAGGCAACGUAUCCAUUUCUUAGGCAAUUCCCUGAUGCCUUCACCAUUUAUGUCUCUAUAUUUAUGUAUGUGUUGUGAAGUGGAAGUAUGUAUAGUGUGUGUGUGGUGGGUGGGUGCUUCUUUGCUUUUAUUGUUUUUUCAGGCAUGUUGGGAAUCAUGGAAAAUGUAGUUUUAAAGAUUUUUAAACAUGUACAUAAUCUGUAUAUAUGUUACAACUAAUGUAAAAUUGUAUACUUUUGUAUAGCUUUAUUUUUGUAGCACCAAGUUUCUAAUGAAACAUUUCUACAAAAGCAUUUUGUUUAAAAAAAAGAAAAGAAAGAAAGAAAGAAAAGAAAUGAAAAACAAAUAAAUGUAGUGUUAAGAACACUCUAGCCCUGAUUCAUUUAAUUUGACAUGUCAAAAAAAAUAACUAGGUUAUUGUAAUUUUCUUAUAGGCAUUUAAAGUAAAGUGAUUUGUACAUUUUUUAAACCCAUGUGUAUAAAGCAGUAUAUUUUAAUGAUG